AUGGCGGUCAGACUGUACUUUCCUUUCCGUCAAAAAGCGAUGUAUCCGGCGCAGCCAGCCUGGGUGAAGUGGGUGGACUCUCAUCCAAGCAUCAUCCAGUCGCCUGGUAUGAGUGUGGCAUGCUACGAUCCGAACCAUCCAUUUCCCCAUAAUCCCAUGUUGCACUGUCCCAUCGUCUGCCUUGCGUCCACAUGCCCACACUCGCACAACAUCAACGCAACUUUUGCUUUUGAACUCCAUCUUUUGUUCACAUUGGCUUUCUCCCCCUUACCAAACCCCCGUUUGCAGCCCCGCGCGCUGCGGAUCGGGUCCUGGCAUGCGGAUUCUUUUCUCCAUCCAUCGUCAAUGUCAAAACACAACAGCCCAUGUCUUUCCAUCUUAACCGGACAUUCCCAUGCCGCCGCUGCCAUGUGUCCAGGCCCAGACACCGCCAGCACACAUUACAUACAGGUAGUUGUCAAGCUAGGAAGGCACCACGAGCAAAGCUACCCUGGAAAGGGCAAGAAACGCAGGGUGCUGCCGCACAAUGGAGAUUGGGUGUUCUGGGGCGGCGGCAACCUCUGCCCCCCACCCUCAUCCGCCUUCCUGCAAGCACUGUUCGUUGAUCCCAAUGGCCGAGCUAUGCACUAUAGCACCAGCCUCACCACCAACAGAGAGUUCGCUUCCUCUCAGUGGUUGUCUAGGCGCUGUUGGCAUGUCAGACACUGUGUUUUUGUGCCCGAAAUUCUGGUUCUUUCGUUCACCUCCUUGCUGCAACGAGGCAACCACGAUGCCGGAUCGUUCCGCAACUCUGGCCCAAGAAUACCCGAACCUUCCAUCCAAAACAACCCGGGGCUUGAGAUCUUCACCCUCGAGACGAGUUUACUGGAAAGAAAUACAGUCAUCCAUUACAGGAGCGCACUGUUACCCACACACCAUAAUCCAUUGAAACUCCCUAUCUUGGCCAACAGGUUGUUAAUGACGCUAGACGAAACAGAGUCUCGUAAGACGAUGAUGCACACCAGGCAGCAAACGCAAUCUUUGAUCGUCAUUGAUGCUGUCCUUUCUUGGCUUUUUCGCGCUCACAGCAACUGCGAUCUUGACACAUCCCUCCCUUUCGCCGCAAAUCUUGCUUACAAGACCGACUCUAUCUGCCUCGAUGGGCCAAACAAGACCUUACUUCUGCGGACUGGCUUUAUCCAGAUCCCAAGGUAUCCGCAGGCAUUCAUUAUUGCCCGCAGUCCGAUUGCCUCCCGUCUAUUGUGUAAUUGUGUUGGUGUAAGCAGGCCCCCCGCCGUCACAUCUCCGACGACACAGAGGGCCUCGUUUAACUGCCCGUUUAUCGCCGAUAGCCUUCAGGAACAUGUCAUGCCAUUUCCACCCCGGUCUCGACCGGCCUGCCAGGCCCGUCUGCAAAGAAUCCUCCCAAUGGGAGCCAAUCGAUUGGGGCGGAUUCAAGCUACCGUCCCGAAAAAUCUCGCGAUAAUUCACGUCCGCGCUGCCGCUCGCAUGAUUUCCAUUCAGCCCAUUUCAACCCCGGUUUCCAUCUAUCUUUUACCCGAAUCAUUAUCUCAUCAUUCGACUGUAGCCUCCGCUUGCCGUCACAGCACCAUACUACAUUCCUAA